AUGCCACAAUCAAAUUCGGAGGGAGAAUCAUCAGAUGACAAUAACAGCAGUUCCUUCAUCACCAUGAUGGAAGACAAUGAUAGAACUAUUAGUAGUAGUGCAGAUGAUGCAGUACAACCUUCUUCUUUCUCAACAAUUUCAUCCUCACCACCACCAAUAAUAAAUCAACAGCAAGGAACGAUGAAUCCAAUCUUAUUGGAUAGCAGCAACAACAACAAUAAUUUGUUGUCAUCUUUAUCAAAUAAUAAUAAUAAUAAUAAUAAUACAAUUCUUCAAACCAAUCAUUCUGAUUCUGAAGAAGAUUCCGAUUCCGAUAAUGGAAUAAUACCUAUUACAAGACUAGUCAAUAAUAAUAAUAUCAUUAAUAAUAUUCCUCCUCACCAACCAGUAAAUAAUAAUGGCAUGAAUAUUCAGACAAAUUCUGCAAAUAUACCACUCCCAACAGUCACUCAAAGACUUGGCAAUUUAUUGAAUAAUAGAAAUGAUCAAGAUGUGAGACGACAGGCACAAUCUAUAGCAUUGGAAAUUAUUAGAUUAUUAUUCACAAGCUCAAUCAAGGUUACCAUCUUUUUGGAAUAUUAUCUGCUGGCUAUUGGAUGUCUUUCUUUCAUAUUACUUGUUGCUUUACAUACCCUAUUUUGCAUACCACCAAAUAAUUAUCUAAAUGCUCAACAAAGAAUUGACUAUACAAGGAAUGUAAUUAUGAAUAGUACAGAAUCAAAUGCUUUACAAUUUAGCAAAAUGAUGAAAAUAUUUGCAUCGGAAAAGGCACAAAAUACUACAAAACACUUUACUGCCAUGUUCAGAUUGGGACUAUUUGGUCAGGAUUAUCAUGGAGUCAUUAAUACGACCAUCACUCAAAAUGAGACACUACCAAUUCAAAAUGCAACAUUAAUAAUGGCAGAAGCAGAUCCAAAUAAUCCUGUUGUUAGUGGCAAUUUAUUGAGUAGUAUAGAAAAUUCUACUGUUGCAACAAGUUUAAAUCAGAAUGAUACAAUCAUGACUGAAACAACAAGUUCAUAUCAAAACACAUCCACACUAUUGGAAAGUACUAGUAGUAAUUCAACAAGUGAAAAUGUUACACAAAAUAAUGGUGCUCUGGAAAAUUCUUCUGAGGAGAAAUCAAACGAAGAACAACAAGAGGAUGACGACAUUAUCGAUAAUCUCUUCCAAUACUAUGAACAAUCAACAUUUUACAAGAGCAUUAUCAAACCACUUAAUCAAUUUUUCGAUAAGAGAUUCUAUUCCAAGCCUAGAAUUAAUUGCCUACAAAAUACUAUUUUACAAAAGUACAGAGAUGAAAUCAUUAAUAGAUAUUACGAUUCAAAUGAUACAAUCUCACCAUUGGCAGCACAUUCCUACCUCUUGAGAACCUAUAUUGAAGGUCCAAUAGAUAAGAAAAUGAAAUCUUGGAGAAGGGAAUUGGAAGCAAAGAAUGAAUCAAUUCCAUUGAGAGAAUCUUAUGAAAGCUUUGAUACUAUAGAAUCUAUCAAAUAUUGGAUUGUGACAAUGUAUGAAACUUCAGGUGUUACAGAAGUUUUCAAUGAUACUAGAUUAUUUGUCUAUACAACAGAGAGGGGAUUAUUUUACAUUGCCAGAGAAUCAAAGCAAACAUUACAAGUACCAGUUUACACUAUCAAUUUAGAUUGGAAUGAACCAUGCUUUGAUGCUUUUGGAGGCAUUCUACCAUAUAUUCUUUCCUAUUUUAUUGGAUAUGACACUUUAAUGUUCAAUGCUUUUAUUCAGUACAAUCAUGAUUUUAAUCAUGCAUAUACUAUCAAUAGUGGCAUGAUCUACACCAAACAAUUCGAUGAAGUGUACUACCUGAAACAUUUUGAAUAUGAUGAUGAUUUUGUUACUAGGUUCUUUGUAAAGAUUUCUCCAUUGAUUCUCUAUGUGGUCAGCUUUGUGUUGAUUUACUAUCUAGUUAGAACAACCCAGAUGAAUAUUCUACAUCUCAUUAUUGAGUUGCAAGCACAUUUGAAUUCUGUGAAUCAAAUUUUGAGAUCAUUCUUAACUCACCUCUUCCAAAACAUCAUGUUUGUUCCAGUUUUAUUGGGUGUAAUUGGAUUUAUUGAUAACUUCUUUGGUGGUGAUCAAAAAAUCAGUUUAAUGGUUUUCUGUUUAAUUUGGCUUGCUCAAAUAUUCUUGAACAAUAUUUGUAGCAGUAGAUUCUCGAGAAGCGUUUUCCCUUGGAUUCUUCAUUUCCAUUGUGGAGUUUAUUUGACCUAUUACUUUAGAUAUCCAACAGGUUAUUCAUAUUUUGGAUUCUUUGUUUGUUUGGUUCUAGUUUCUGAAAUGAUGUUACACUUUUGGAAUAAUUAUGAAUAUCACCAUAUUAUGAAUUAUCAUCCUAUUUUGAGAGAUUUUCUUGGAAACAAUAGAGCUAAUGCUGACCCAAUGUUAUUCGAUAGAUUAUUACAACAAAAUGGAAUUCCAGUUCUUGGGCAACCACAGACAAGAGUACAAAACGUUCAACAAUUUGUUUUCAAUUUAUCUGACAUGCAAAAUCAGAGAACAACCAUUGAGCAACAAAUAGGACGAUUCAACAUUUCAAUUUCUUUGGCUCAAGAUCCAAACAACCAAGCUAAUGCGCCAGGUACAAACAAUACCACUACUGCAUCUCAAUAA